GACCUGGGCUGCAUCUGCACCACUGUCCCCAAAGCCAUGCACAAUUCCCUCUGGGGCACCACAACCAUCUCCUACACAGGAUGUGCUGCACAGGUCUUUUUCUUUUAUUUCUUCAUGUCAGCAGAGUUUUCCCUCCUCACCAUCAUGUGCUACGACCGCUACGUUGCCAUCUGCAAACCCCUGCACUACGGGACCCUCCUGGGCAGCAGAGCUUGUGCCCACAUGGCAGCAGCUGCCUGGGCCACUGGCUUUCUCUAUUCUCUGCUGCACACAGCCAAUACAUUUUCCCUGCCCCUGUGCCAGGGCAAUGUCCUGGGCCAGUUCUUCUGUGAAAUCCCACACAUCCUCAAGCUCUCCUGCUCACACUCAGGCUACCUCAGGGAACUCGGGCUCAUUGGGGUCACUGUCUGUUUAGCGUUUGGUUGUUUCAUUUUCAUUGUUUUCUCCUAUGUGCAGAUCUUCAGGGCUGUGCUGAGGAUCCCCUCUCAGCAGGGACAGCACAAAACCUUUUCCACGUGCCUCCCUCACCUGGCUGUGCUCUCCCUGUUUGUCAGCACUGGUGCAUUUUCCGACCUGAAGCCCCCCUCCAUCUCCUCCCCAUCCCUGGACCUUGUGGUGGCAGUUCUGUACUCAAUAUUACCUCCAGCACUGAACCCCCUCAUCUACAGCCUCAGGAACCAGGAGCUUAAGGAUGCCUUGAGGAAAAUGAUGACUGGAUGCUUUUCAAGAGCAAUAACCUGCCUUUUUUCUUCUGGGCAACACUCAUUGUAUAACCCUUUACUGGCCCAGCCUGCUUUCUAA